GUGUUGCGUCAUGACAGAAUAGACCUCUCUCUCACUGACAAACAAAUACAAUUUUGCUAACUAGAGAUUACGCCUAUUAGUGCUAGCAUUUCUAUUUCGCUUGUACAACGCGUAUGUCAAGUGUAUCGCUGAUGUGAAUGACUUGAGUGAUUUCGAAUUGGAAUAUAUUUGAUAAUGAGUAGUGUUCGGUUGAGCCUUGUGUCUGUGGGGAGGAUCGCGGUGAGGAGAAAUUCACAGUUGACAUCAGGUGGAGCACAGACAUGCCGUGCUCUGCGGCGCACGUGUUCUCGGCCGCUGAGCACGUGCGCGGUGCUCUGCAAGAGUCCCACUGAACAACCGCCCGGGCCGCCGAAUACCGCCAAAGAUGCAGCUGGAACUGGAUCAUCAGGCGGAAAGAAGUCGGGGGGUAACGGAGUGCUCACGUGUCCAAAAUGCGGCGAUCCCUGUACCCACGUCGAGACCUUCGUCAGCUCGACGAGGUUCGUCAAGUGCGACAAGUGCCAUCACUUCUUCGUGGUUCUCAGCGAGGUUGACACGAAGAAGAGCAUCAAGGAUAAUGCGGAGAACAAGUCUGGAUUCUACAGAAAACCUCCACCACCGCCCAAGAAGAUCUUCGAAUACCUCAACAAACACGUCGUCGGGCAGGAGUACGCGAAGAAGGUCCUAUCGGUAGCCGUUUACAACCACUACAAACGCAUUUACAACAACGUCACGACCGGCUCAACAACAGACGCCCAUCAUCCCUUACACCAAACACACAGAGAUCUUCUGCAUUUGAGUCACACCAGUGGUGCCAGUAACGUCGGGGGCACAGAAGUACUGGAGAGGAACAAUCACGAGCUCAGAUUGGAUAAGAGCAACGUACUGUUGCUAGGACCGACUGGAAGCGGUAAAACCCUCCUAGCGCAAACGAUAGCCCAAUGCCUCGACGUUCCGUUCGCGAUCUGCGACUGUACGACUCUAACGCAGGCCGGAUACGUGGGCGAGGACAUCGAGAGCGUUAUCGCUAAAUUACUGCAGGACGCUAACUUUAAUGUUGAACGAGCUCAGACAGGCAUAGUGUUUCUCGAUGAAGUUGAUAAAAUUGGCGCUGUACCGGGAAUACAUCAGCUGAGAGAUGUUGGAGGCGAGGGUGUACAACAGGGGAUGUUAAAAAUGUUGGAGGGUGCUGUGGUAUCGGUCCCUGAGAGGAAUUCUCGCAAAUUAAGAGGGGAUGCUAUACAAGUCGACACCACUAACAUAUUGUUCGUGGCCAGCGGAGCUUACAAUGGAUUGGACAGACUGAUCCAGCGGCGCAACAACGAGAAGUACCUCGGCUUCGGCGCCUGGGACCCGAAGUCCGGGCGCCGCGCCGCGCUCGCCGCCGCCGCCGCGGACGCGUCGCCGCUCGACAGCGCGCGCGCCGAGGCCGACGAGCGCGACCACUGGCUGCGGGCCGUGCAGGCGCGCGACCUCAUCGACUUCGGCAUGAUCCCCGAAUUCGUAGGCAGGUUCCCGGUGCUAGUGCCUUUCCACAGUCUCAACCAGGACCUACUCGUCAGGAUACUCACUGAGCCAAAAAAUGCUAUUGUGGCCCAGUACAAGCUACUUUUCGCAAUGGACAAGUGCGAGCUGUCGUUCAGCGACGAAGCGCUUCAAGCCGUCGCUUCGCUUGCUAUGGAGCGCAAGACCGGCGCCAGAGGACUCCGAGCUAUCAUGGAGAAUCUACUGCUGGAGGUGAUGUUCGAGAUCCCCGGCUCCGACGUCACGUGCGUCCACAUACACGAGGGCUGCGUCACACGCAGCGAGCCGCCGCAACUGCGCCGCCGACAGCGCGAGCGCGACCUGCGGCACUGGCCCUCGGAAGAAUGCGUUAAGGCAGCAAUAUGGUCGCGAACAAAAAAUGAACUGAAAGCAUCGGAAUCCGAGCCGUCUGUAACUCAAUGUGCGCUGUGAUGACUGAACACGAAAAACUGCAGUCCAUAGAUAACUGACGUUUGAAUAGACAUCUGACGUUUCCACAGAUAAAAAAGAUUAAAAUAAUAUCGAUAUCAUAGACAAACUUUUUCAUUGCUCAUACUGAGAUUUUUGUGUUUAAUUUUUAAACUUUGUUUUUCUUUAAAUAAAUUGUUAGUUAUUUUCAUUCGAAGGCUUGUGUCAGCAUUUAAUAUUGAAAUGUUGAUUUUGAAAUACAGUCCCGUAGAGGUGUAUUUUUUAUAGGCACGACCAAAUUUUUUGAUUUCUUUUUCCUGUGAUGCUAAUUUUAGCAAUUAAAAAUUUUAGUUUCAUAGGAAUAUUCAAGAUAAUAGUAUCGUUGUCACAGUUAUUCGGUUGUGGAUAUGUGGCUCAAAAACACUAGAAGUGUAUUCAAAUUUCUAUAAAAAUAUGUUUUUUUAGAAAUAAAAAAUAUUUUCAUAGUUAUGUUUUAUAAAAACCAUGAUCUUAAUUAAUAGUUCCUGUAGGGCUAAAUUUGGAGUAUCGUGUUAUAAAAAAACAAACAAAAAAAUAACAAGAAAGCGUGUUGUAUCAGCCACUAUACAAUACUCUUGUCAUGUAAAUUACUGUAAAUAAUUAUAAUUAGAAAAAUCUAGAUAAAGUAGUUAAGAUAGAUUAGGUUUUUUUUUUCUAUGCCCAGAUAAGUACCGAAAUAUAGAUAACAUUUGGCAACGCUGUGAAAUAAUAAAUAUUUUGACAUUUGUUUUUUUUUUUCAUUUUAUUUUAAUUAAUUUCUAUUUAAAUAAAAUACGUGAAGUUGUUACGUGAUUAUUGAAAAUAAAAAACUAGAAAUUUUUGAAAAAUUUUAGUUAGAAUACUUGGUUUGUAUAUUAUAUUUUGGAAAAUAAUCACUUUACAGCUAGAUUUAAAAUAGUCUAAGCCUAUUUUCGAGAUAAAAUAUUAAGAAACGAACGAAA